GCUAAUGCCUUCUUCCGGCAGCCUUAGUUUCUUCCAACCAGUGCAGCUCCGUGUUCCGCGAGCUUACGUCAUCGUUCUCGCUUUCCGGUAGCUAAGGCGAUCCGCGGGACUUCCCACUGAGACGAGCGGAUGUCAUAUUGUAUCAGGGCGAACCUCUGAGGAGCGCUGGCUGCGCUUAGGCAACGGUGCGGCAGGCGCCGGGGUUUUCUGAAACAGAAACGUUUAGGGGUGGGGAAACGUGUUCCGAGGAACUCUUGUUUUGAAGUGCGAGAUACACCUGUCUUGCCCUGUUCCAAGAUGGUGGCAGAGCUUCUCUGAGUCUCUCGCUUCCUCCAGUCCGUCGGAGAAGCGCUCUUUGAUUGGCCAGUGGACAGCGCCGUGGCAUGACGCGCUGGGGCGCUGGCCAAUCGGUUGAGAGCUGAGCUGGACUUGGCGGUGGGAGCCGGAGCCUGCCUGUUGCAGCUGUGGGUGAGGACGGCUCUAGCUAGUUCCCUUUUAGACUAUGGCGACAUACCUGGAGUUCAUCCAGCAGAAUGAAGAACGGGAUGGUGUGCGUUUUAGUUGGAACGUGUGGCCUUCCAGCCGGCUGGAGGCUACAAGAAUGGUUGUACCCCUGGCUUGUCUCCUUACUCCUUUGAAAGAACGUCCAGACCUACCUCCUGUACAAUAUGAACCUGUGCUUUGCAGCAGGCCAACUUGUAAAGCUGUUCUCAACCCACUUUGUCAGGUUGAUUAUCGAGCGAAACUUUGGGCCUGUAAUUUCUGUUUUCAAAGAAAUCAGUUUCCUCCAGCUUAUGGAGGCAUAUCUGAGGUGAAUCAACCUGCCGAAUUGAUGCCCCAGUUUUCUACAAUUGAGUACGUGAUACAGCGAGGUGCUCAGUCCCCUCUGAUCUUUCUCUAUGUGAUUGACACAUGCCUGGAGGAAGAUGACCUUCAAGCACUCAAAGAGUCCCUGCAGAUGUCCCUGAGUCUUCUUCCUCCAGAUGCUCUGGUGGGUCUGAUCACAUUUGGAAGGAUGGUGCAGGUUCAUGAGCUAAGCUGUGAAGGAAUCUCCAAAAGUUAUGUCUUCCGAGGGACCAAGGAUUUAACUGCAAAGCAAAUACAGGAUAUGUUGGGCCUGACCAAGCCAGCCAUGCCCAUGCAGCAAGCACGACCUGCACAACCACAGGAGCACCCUUUUGUUUCAAGCAGAUUUCUGCAGCCUGUUCACAAGAUUGAUAUGAACCUCACUGAUCUUCUUGGGGAGCUACAGAGGGACCCAUGGCCAGUAACUCAGGGGAAGAGACCUUUGCGAUCCACUGGUGUGGCUUUGUCCAUUGCUGUUGGCUUGCUGGAGGGCACUUUUCCAAACACAGGAGCCAGGAUCAUGCUCUUUACUGGAGGUCCCCCUACCCAAGGGCCUGGCAUGGUGGUUGGAGAUGAAUUAAAGAUUCCUAUUCGUUCUUGGCAUGAUAUUGAGAAAGAUAAUGCACGAUUCAUGAAAAAGGCAACCAAGCACUAUGAGAUGCUUGCUAAUCGAACAGCUGCAAAUGGUCACUGCAUUGAUAUUUAUGCUUGUGCCCUUGAUCAAACUGGACUUUUGGAGAUGAAGUGUUGUGCAAAUCUUACUGGAGGCUACAUGGUAAUGGGAGAUUCUUUCAACACUUCUCUCUUCAAGCAGACAUUCCAAAGAAUCUUUACUAAAGAUUUUAAUGGAGAUUUCCGAAUGGCAUUUGGUGCUACUUUGGAUGUAAAGACCUCUCGGGAACUGAAGAUUGCAGGAGCCAUUGGUCCAUGCGUAUCUCUGAAUGUGAAAGGACCGUGUGUGUCAGAAAAUGAGCUUGGUGUUGGUGGCACGAGUCAGUGGAAAAUCUGUGGCCUAGAUCCUACAUCUACACUUGGCAUCUAUUUUGAAGUUGUCAAUCAGCACAACACCCCGAUCCCCCAAGGAGGCAGAGGAGCCAUCCAGUUUGUCACGCAUUAUCAGCACUCCAGCACCCAGAGACGCAUCCGCGUGACCACCAUCGCCCGAAAUUGGGCAGAUGUACAGAGUCAGCUCAGGCACAUAGAAGCAGCAUUUGACCAGGAGGCUGCGGCAGUGUUGAUGGCACGGCUUGGGGUGUUCCGAGCGGAGUCAGAGGAGGGGCCCGAUGUGCUCCGGUGGCUGGACCGACAACUCAUCCGACUGUGUCAAAAGUUUGGACAGUAUAACAAAGAAGACCCCACUUCUUUUAGGUUAUCAGAUUCCUUUUCUCUAUAUCCUCAGUUUAUGUUCCAUCUGAGAAGAUCUCCGUUUCUUCAAGUGUUUAACAACAGUCCUGAUGAGUCGUCAUAUUACAGACAUCAUUUUGCCCGGCAGGACCUGACCCAGUCCCUCAUCAUGAUCCAGCCCAUUCUCUACUCUUACUCCUUUCAUGGGCCACCAGAGCCAGUUCUCUUGGAUAGCAGCAGCAUUCUAGCUGACAGAAUUUUGCUGAUGGAUACUUUCUUUCAAAUUGUCAUUUAUCUUGGUGAGACCAUAGCCCAGUGGCGUAAAGCUGGCUACCAGGACAUGCCCGAGUAUGAAAACUUCAAGCACCUUCUGCAGGCACCACUGGAUGAUGCUCAAGAAAUUCUGCAAGCACGCUUCCCGAUGCCACGUUACAUCAACACGGAGCAUGGAGGCAGUCAGGCUCGAUUCCUUUUGUCCAAAGUGAACCCAUCUCAGACACACAAUAACCUGUAUGCUUGGGGACAGGAAACUGGAGCACCCAUCCUAACUGAUGAUGUUAGCCUGCAGGUGUUCAUGGACCAUUUGAAGAAGCUGGCUGUCUCCAGUGCCUGUUAAGCUGAGGAUACAACCAGGAAAUGCAGCGGUGUCAGAUUGUGUUCAAAAUGUCUAGAAAGGCUUGAUAACAUUCCUGUUACUUUUCUAGCGGAUUUUAACAAAUAAUCAAGGACAUUUUAUAUGUAACUCUUUAGAUUAUAAUUUAUUUGUAUUCCUGUCUUUGUCCUUUUUCUUGCACUAUAAAAUUAUAAGGUCAUAAAUGUUUUGGUACUUGUAGAUGUUUAUGUGCUUUUUGUAUCCUAACUUUUAGAAUCUAAAUAAAAUCAGAGGUAAUGUAUUUUGGCAGCUUGUUUAGGUGAGAAUCUUAAUGAUCAUAAAGGAAAUAAAUCUAGAUGCAGAAAGUACUGGCUAAAA